AGAGCGACGGAGUUCGACCAGCGGCCCGCAGAGCCCACCGCACCUCCGGCCCCCGCAGCAUUGCCGGUGACCAGGGAGAGGGAGCUCACCCCAAAUCUGUCCGGGGGUCCCCGAGAGGAAUUCCCAGUGCCAGACUUUGGCUGGGUAGAGGAGGAGAAGGCUGUGAGGAAGAGGAGGAUUCCUGCGGAUCCCCAGGCAGGUGAGGAGGAAGUCAGUGCCCCUUUGCCCCUCUCUCCUGCUCCAUCUCCCAGCCCAGCCUGGCCCCGGCUGCAGGACAACCCCGCUGCCGACGCCGUCCUGCCGGGGAUACACUGGGGGGAUCUCCUUGGCCUUCCCUCUGGCACGGAGGCAAAUCCCAUCCUGUCCUUGUCCUUCCUCCCCCAGACAAGGAGGCCAGGGAGGACAAAUCCCCUCAGCAGAACCUCGUGGAAGAGGCUGUUUUGAGCGGCUCCAUGGCACAGGAAUGCAACGGGGAGGAAAAGCCGCGGAGAUCCCGCCCGAGGAGGGGCUCCAAACCCAUGCCAGGGUGCUCCGAGGAGGAAGGACCCACCCUGUGCCAGGAAGGCAGCCAGAGAUGUGGCCCGAGCUCUGAGCUGGUGGUGCAUGAACAGCUUCACAAUGGCAAGAAGCUGCACCAGUGCUCGGAAUGUGGGAAGAGUUUCUGUGCAAAGUCCAGCCUGCUCCAGCACCAGAAGAUCCACACUGGGGAACGGCGCUACGAGUGUGGGAAAUGUGGGAAGCGCUUCAGGGACACCUCUCACCUGAUGAUCCACCUGAGAGUCCACACUGGGGAACGGCCCUAUGAGUGUGGGGAGUGUGGGAAGAGCUUCACUCAGAGCUCCAGCCUGAUUGUCCACCAGAGGAUACACACUGGGGAACGGCCCUAUGAGUGUGGGGAGUGUGGGAAGAGCUUCACUGCCAGCUCCAGCCUGAUUGUCCACCAGAGGAUACACACUGGGGAACGGCCCUAUAAAUGUGGAGAAUUUGGGAAGAGCUUCACUGCCAGCACCCACCUGAAGGUCCACAAGAGGAUCCACACUGGUCAACAGCCCUAUAAGCGUGGAGAAUGUGGGAAAGGCUUCACGAAGAGCUCCGACUUGGAAGGCCAUGAGAUGCUCUGCACUGGGAUAUGACCCUGUGUGUGUGGGGAGAGCGGGAACAGCUUCUGUGACAGCUCUGGCUUGAUCAUGCAGCAGACAGUGCACACUGGGGAAUGCCCCUACACGUGCUCAGAAUGUGGGAAGAGCUUCAUCCAGCACUCCAAGCUGCUUGUCCACUGGCAGAUGCACAGCGGAGAGAGGCCCUAACAGUGUCCUGAGUGUGGGAAGAGCUUGUCCCAGAGGUGUGGCAUGACCCAAGCGCAAUGGAGGCAGCAGGAGGGGAAGCCCUGCAAGUGCCCCGCGUGCGGGAAGAGCUUUGUGCGCUGCUCCAACUCCAUCCCCCGUUGGAGGAGCCCACUGGAUGAUCCCCAGUGAGCCCUGUUGGGCAGAGCCUUGGAGAUCCAUGGUCCUGGUGAUCCAUGGUGGGAAGACAGCUGGCUGGUGGUCUCCACAUCUUCCUGGCCUCCUGUGGGCACCUGGAUACAAAAAGAGCUCAAGGAGACGUGGCCAUGGAUGGUGACAUGGACAUGGGUGUCACGAGCCAAAGGAUGGUCGUGAUGGUUCGUUUUGAUUUCAGAGUGCAAAAAGAAGCAGUGAUAACUUAAUCCAAGUAAAAUCAAUUGUAUCUUUAUUGACACACACAAUUAUGCGAUAG